CACACACGCACAUUCAUACAUAUAUACACACACGCACAUACAUACAUAUAUACACACACGCACAUACAUACAUAUAUACACACACAGACAGUCAUAAGAACUUGCACAUUAUUUUAAUUUAGGUGUAUUUAGUAUUUGGGUUUGACUAUAACCAUGAAUGAUGGAAGAGAAGCAUUAGCAUACAAGUCAAGAACCUCACACGUACAGUAUACUGGGAUAUACUCCGCCUUGGCAACAGUGCGGCGUACUCCUGGCAACACUUCACUGCCUCACAUCACACGUACAGUAUACUGGGAUAUACUCCGCCUUGGCAACAGUGCGGCGUACUCCUGGCAACACUUCACUGCCUCACAUCACACGUACAGUAUACUGGGAUAUACUCCGCCUUGGCAACAGUGCGGCGUACUCCUGGCAACACUUCACUGCCUCACAUCACACGUACAGUAUACUGGGAUAUACUCCGCCUUGGCAACAGUGCGGCGUACUCCUGGCAACACUUCACUGCCUCACAUCACACGUACAGUAUACUGGGAUAUACUCCGCCUUGGCAACAGUGCGGCGUACUCCUGGCAACACUUCACUGCCUCACAUCACACGUACAGUAUACUGGGAUAUACUCCGCCUUGGCAACAGUGCGGCGUACUCCUAGCAACACUUCACUGCCUCACAUCACACGUACAGUAUACUGGGAUAUACUCCGCCUUGGCAACAGUGCGGCGUACUCCUGGCAACACUUCACUGCCUCACAUCACACGUACAGUAUACUGGGAUAUACUCCGCCUUGGCAACAGUGCGGCGUACUCCUGGCAACACUUCACUGCCUCACAUCACACGUACAGUAUACUGGGAUAUACUCCGCCUUGGCAACAGUGCGGCGUACUCCUGGCAACACUUCACUGCCUCACAUCACACGUACAGUAUACUGGGAUAUACUCCGCCUUGGCAACAGUGCGGCGUACUCCUGGCAACACUUCACUGCCUCACAUCACACGUACAGUAUACUGGGAUAUACUCCGCCUUGGCAACAGUGCGGCGUACUCCUGGCAACACUUCACUGCCUCACAUCACACGUACAGUAUACUGGGAUAUACUCCGCCUUGGCAACAGUGCGGCGUACUCCUGGCAACACUUCACUGCCUCACAUCACACGUACAGUAUACUGGGAUAUACUCCGCCUUGGCAACAGUGCGGCGUACUCCUGGCAACACUUCACUGCCUCACAUCACACGUACAGUAUACUGGGAUAUACUCUGCCUUGGCAACAGUGCGGCGUACUCCUGGCAACACUUCACUGCCUCACAUCACACGUACAGUAUACUGGGAUAUACUCCGCCUUGGCAACAGUGCGGUCACACGUACAGUAUACUGGGAUAUACUCCGCCUUGGCAACAGUGCGGCGUACUCCUGGCAACACUUCACUGCCUCACAUCACACGUACAGUAUACUGGGAUAUACUCCGCCUUGGCAACAGUGCGGCGUACUCCUGGCAACACUUCACUGCCUCACAUCACACGUACAGUAUACUGGGAUAUACUCCGCCUUGGCAACAGUGCGGCGUACUCCUGGCAACGACUUCACUGCCUCCAAACUACUGUAUUAAAAUUUCUUUGA